AUAUUAGUUCCACAAUUGCACGCUGGCUAGGUGGCAUGGCAGAGCCGACUCCGGCGGGAUGGCCUCCAGCCCCCGAGGUGACUCCCGCGUCGGGGACUCCGAGCGAAACUGCCCCGCCGCGCGACAACUGGGUGUUCUGGGCCAUGAUGCCACCGCCGCCACCUCCUGUGUCGUCCGAGCCGUGCCAGAAGGGACAGUCCCACGUGCAGACCCAGCCUCCCUCCGGAGCGCUCCCCCCGUUCGAUGCUCAGCUUCUUCCCGCAGCGCAGCCUCCUUUCGAUGCCCAGGCCCCUCCGGAUGUACAACCUCAGUUCAGCGGCCAGCCGGUGUGGAAUUUCCAAGCCUCGGCGCCUUGGUACUGGGGGCUGUCUCCUAAUGGUUACCCCGCGUAUAACACGUCCUACUACUCUUCGGUUACACAUUCUUAUUUUCCACGAACACACAAUGCACAAUUCAAUGACUUCGGUUUGCCUCAAAACAGAAAACAGAAAAAGAAGAAAAGAAAGGAACCGGUUUUCCACUUCUUCUGUGAUACAUGUGACCGUGGCUUUAAAAACCAAGAAAAAUAUGACAUACACAUGUCUGAACAUACAAAAUGCCCUGAAGCCGAUUGCUCCUUUAGUGCACAUGAGAAGAUUGUCCAGUUCCACUGGAAAAAUAUGCAUGCUCCUGGUAUGAGGAAGAUCAAGCUAGACACUCCAGAGGAGAUUGCAAGAUGGAGGGAAGAAAGAAGAAAAAACUACCCAACUCUGGCCAAUAUCGAAAGGAAGAAGAGGUUGCAGCUCGAAAAGGAGCAGAGAGGAGAGGUGCUGGCAACCACACAGUACGGCAAAAUGAGGGGCAUGUCCAGACAUUCACAGAUGGCAAAGAUCAGAAGUCCCCGUAAGCAUCAUAAAUGGAAAAAUGGUGGGGCUAGACAGCGAGCAGGCAUUGGACCAGGCAUUCACGCCAGAGAUCCGAAGCCUGAAGCUCCAUCCGUGGUUCAUGUGGACCCUCUCAGUGCUUUGAUACACAGUGACUCUGAGUCUGAUAAGGAAGAGAAGCCACAGAGGACUGUGGUUCCUAAGGAGGUGACACCAGCAUUGUGUUCGCUGAUGAGCAGCUACGGUGGUGUUUCGGGAUCAGAGAGUGAACCAGAAGAAAUCCCCAUCAAGACUGAAGUGGAUGUUCUGCCAGAAACUCAGAUUCCUCAUAGCAGUCCUCCCAAGAGCCCAAGACAAAGUGUCAAGACAAUGGGUAGACCUGUCCCAAGAUCCAGGUGGGAGAGCCAGAGGGAUGGGCUCAGGAAGGCAGCCCUAAAGAGGAAAAGGAGCUACUGCCACCCGUUAUUUGAACCACGAACGCGUCACCCAUACCUCCUGGAGAUGCUUCUCGCUCCGGACAUUCGACAUGAAAGAAAUGUGAUUUUACAGUGUGUUCGGUACAUCAUCAAAAAAAACUUUUUUGGACUCAAUACUAAUUCUGUGAAAACUGAGGCUGAGUAGAUGCCUCGUGGUUCCGCACAUGAAAGUAAAGCAUGGAAGAGAGCGCCAUCCUCGAGUAAGCAGAGUAAACCAACAGCUUUUAAGGAUCGGAUCAGUGGUAAAACUGUAAGCCUCAUGGGAUAUCAUGUUGGAUUUUAAGUCUGUCCUUUGGCUUUAUGUAAAUAAAUGCACAGCUAGUCUUUUUAA